CAAAAGGUAGGUUUGGAUCUGAAAGCCCAAUAAUAGCUAAAUGGACCGGUAGAUAAGCCUUGUAUUAAAUUGAAUUCUGUGACUGCCGCAAAACGGUAGCUGAAUCGUGUCGUUUUUGAGCUGCUUCGCUCUGGUCUUCUGGGUCAACAAGAGAUGGAAACAGAAUCAUGUGAGGCAGUGCUUCCUAGAUCUCAGGCGAAUGCCACAUUUCGUCUUGGCACAGAAUCAUACUCUGUUCAGGCAACUAAUGGUUCUUCAUUAUCAGAGCAACUAGUUAACUUGAAAGAACAAAGCAUGGCUGUAUUGAAGGAUUUCAUAACAAAGCAUAAUGUUCCUCAAGAUGUUCCCGACGAGUCGCUAGAAGCUUCUUCUUCAGAUGAUGAUGAUGCUAAGAAGCCUCAACUGAAGUAAUCUUGGAACCGAUGUUUUUAAAAACCGAAGUGUACAUUGAAUUGGCGAGACGUAUGGAUCAUGAUUGAACUGCUUUAAACUGCUCAAAUUGAAACCAAACACUCCAAUCAACUGUUGAACUUUCCAAUUCAAUUUGAUUUGUAAAACAUUUGUUGGAACUUUUUUUGUACUGGGAUACAUGACUGUGUAAUUCAUGCACUGUUAACAACUAAAGCAUUAUGCCUUAGGAGGUGGUUCUUAUACUACAACAGUGGACUGCAUCUUAACAAAUGAAAAUGUUUUGUAGUGAACUUAACUAC